UCAUCUCUCUGCGCGGGCGUUGCGGUUACGUCACCAUCGGCUGCGCCGGGGAAAAGAUGGCGCUGGCCUGGCGGAGGUGCUUGGUGCUCUGGCGGCGGCGGCGACCGAGCUCGGCCGGAUACGCGAGCUUGGGAGGCGCUGCGCAGCCGCAGAGGAAAGGCACCCUGAAAGAGACCCUAGCUGAACGCAGAGCCCAGAAGGAGCUGAUCUACGGCAAUACUCAGAGAUCUGACAAGAUGGAACCUGAUCAGGACUGGACAAGUGUCUAUCCAACUGCAGCUUCUUUUAAACCUUCUGCCGUGCCGCUUCCCAUUCGGAUGGGCUACCCAGUCAAAGGAGGUGCACCUCUUGCGAAAGAAGGCAACUUGGAACUUUUGAAGAUCCCCAAUUUCUUGCAUCUGACACCAGUUGCCAUCAAGAAGCAUUGUGCUGCUCUAAAAGAUUUCUGCACAGAGUGGCCCUCUGCCUUGGAUAGCGAAGAGAAAUGUUUGCAGCACUUCCCCCUUGAAAUCGGCACAAGUGACUACGUUUCCGCAGGGCCGUCUCUUCGUAACCCAAAAGCCAGAGUGGUGACCCUGACAGUUAAACUGUCAGGUCUCAACUUGGACGACCAUGCAAAGAAGAAGUUCAUCAAACUUGUAGGCGAGCGAUACUGUGGGAAGACAGAUUCCGUUACUAUCACAACAGACAGAUGUCCUCUAAGAAAGCAAAACUAUGAUUAUGCAAUGUACCUUCUAACGGUUUUAUUCCAUGAAUCGUGG